CAUCGAUUUUCUUGUUUGCUGAACACGCGUCAGGCAAAACCGUUAUCGAACCAUCAUACGACAUCGUAAAACGCGUAAUCACUUACCUGCAAGCAGACGCGACAGGACAGAGCCAAUUCACUAAUCCAACGGCCUAAAAUGGACGUUUCUGCACGAGCUAUGGUGGAAGCCAUCCAUGCCAGCCCCACUCAAGCCGUACUUUAUCUCUCUGGCGGUGCCUCUCAGGCACUUGGGUGGUUAAUGUCUGUGCCGGGAGCUUCAAACACUGUCUUGGAAGCAGUCGUGCCUUAUUCUAGAAUGUCCAUGAUCCAGUUACUGGGGAAGGUUCCCACUCAAUUUGCCAGUCGACAAACUGCAGAGGACAUGGCAUUGUUGGCGUAUAAUAGCGCUCUAAAGCUUUCUCAGCCGGGGUUCCCAGUUCUUGGUGUGGGUUUCACUGGGGCUCUGGCCAGCACACAUCCCAAGCGAGGGGAUCAUCGGUUUCAUGUAUCCACAAGGACAUCUAACCAGCUUUGGGCAUCUACUGUUUCAUUGUCUAAGGGUUUGCGAACUCGUGAACAAGAAGAUGGAGUUUCUAGCCAGUACUUACUGAAGGCAAUAGCAUAUGGUUGCAAGGUUCCAGCAAGUUUUGUUUCGGAGUUAACUGAUACAGAAAUUCCCGAUGAAUUUGAAAUUCAAUUUGAUGAAGAUCAGGAGUUGGAUCAACUUAUCAAUGGUGAAAUAUGCUUUAAGGUUUACCCCUUUCUAAAUGAUAUGUCAAGGGCAGAAAGGAAGAUAAUUCUCUCUGGCUCUUUUAAUCCCUUGCAUGAUGGUCACCUAAAGCUUUUGGAAGUUGCUGCGAGCAUUGUUGGUGAAGGAUACCCAUGCUUUGAGUUGUCUGCAGUGAAUGCAGACAAACCUCCCCUGACUGUGUCUGAAAUCAAACAACGUGUCAGGCAAUUCGAAAAAGUUGGGAAGACGGUUAUAAUUUCCAACCAGCCAUACUUUUACAAGAAAGCUGAACUCUUUCCUGGCAGUGCCUUUGUGAUUGGUGCGGAUACUGCAGCAAGGCUUAUAAAUCCAAAGUACUACAGCGGGGACUACGGAAGAAUGCUGGAAGUUCUCUCUGGAUGCAAAAGCACAGGGUGCGUCUUCCUUGUUGGUGGUCGAACUGUAAAUGGUGAUUUUAAGGUUCUUGAUGAUUUUGAUAUUCCCCAAGAGCUAAGAGAUAUGUUCGUCCCAAUACCUGCGGAUAAAUUUCGCAUGGACAUUUCAUCGACUGAAAUCAGGAGAAGUCAAGGAAUGCUCUAAUUUAUUUUGCACAUUGCAUAUUGAAAUACAUCCCUGUACAACUUAAAAAAUAAAGAUGUGGAGGAGGUAACUCUGUUUCAAUGCUGGAAAAAUUGAAGGGACAGAUUCGGCUUCUUGUUUUAUUUGUGUUUUAGCUUGUGAAUGUUGUUAGAUUUAAAUGAUUCAGAAGGUACAUAUUAUAUAAAUGACUAAACCAUUACAUUCUGA